AUGAGCGAAGAAGCCGAUUGGCAGGAUCCUCUACCCCACGCGCAUGGUCCCACCAUUCUUGUUCGACUUUCGGGCGGCAAGUGGAGCAGAGAGCUGAGCGCGCCUGUAGGCGUUGUGCUUAUCCAUGGACGAAACGAGACGCCAAAGCCCAUGAUGGAUAUGUUUUGCACGCUUUUGAAGGAAGGAUUGCGGGAAGAGAAAGUGGAAGAGGUAGCAGUGCUGCCGAAAGAAGAUGAAGAGCAGGCUGUAGUUGGGAAGGAAAAGCGGGAGGAGAAGGCCCUUUGGAUUGAAGCGGUUGGAGCUGCGCGCGAUUGGUGGUACCCCGAUGCGCAUUCCGGUUCGUGAGCUCGCGAUAGGCACAAUGGCACAAGAUGCUUCAGACCGCCUUGUUCAUAAUCCAUCUGAACCCAACUUUCCUAUUCUUGAUUUGCAAACCGCUGAUCAGUGACGGAUGAAAAGAUGAUAGCGAAGAAUGCGCCAUUCAUCUUUUCCGCCUUGCAACGCAUCGUCGACGCCAUGAAGGAUCUGAACAAAAGGGGCGUGCCGAAUGAUAGGAUUGUGCUGGUAGGCUUCAGUCAAGGUGCCAAUCUGCUCAACACCUACACGCUCGUGCUCUUGCGAGAACAUGUCACAUCUUCCCUUGCGACAGAGCUGCUACCUGUACCGCGACACAUCUUCCCGCUCGCUGGAUCCAGGUUCAAAGUGGUCUCUCCUUUUCCUUUCAGACCCGAUCAUUCCCGCUUCAGCGCUCCAGUCCAAGUCAAAGCAAACCAUCAAACGUCCCGCCUGAAGCAUUCCAUCGCGAACGCCAACGCCAACGCCAACGCGGACGCCGCUGCGAGACGCAAGCAGAUCAACCUCGAGUCUAGCCUGAUGUGCGGCACAAAGGAUGUCCGAUUCUCGGUGCAGAUGAUGAAAGACGUGCUUUCCGACUUGCGCCAAGCGGCUGCUUCUCACGAAUCUUCGGAGGGACCUCUAAGAGCCACCUUUAGCCUCGAAUUCGACCAAGAUCAGCCACACAUCAUCACGGACAAGAUGAAGGGGGCCGUAUUAGAAGGCGUGCGCAACAUCGGUUCCUCAGACCAACAGACCGGAUGA